AUGGCGCCGGGAAAAGUCCCCGCGAAGAAGAGCGCCCGGGCUUGGGAUGCGCUGAAGCCGCCCCUCGCCGAAUGGAUCCUGGACGCCGUCUCGACCAUGGGCUUCGCCCAGAUGACGCCCGUCCAGGCGGCGACGAUUCCGCACUUUAUGGGCAACAAGGACGUGGUGGUUGAGGCCGUUACCGGCAGCGGCAAGACGCUCUCGUUCCUCAUACCCAUUGUGCAAAGGCUGCUGCGACUCGACGAACCCACCAAGAGGCACCACGUCGCUGCCAUCAUCGUCUCCCCGACGCGAGAGCUGGCCGCCCAGAUACAUACAGUCCUCUUGUCACUGCUACAAUUCCACGCCCCUUCAGCCGAGCUGCUGCCGCGCCUGAAGGACGACGAAAAGAGGCCGUCGACGGCAGUCCCCGUCGUCGUCCCUCAGCUGCUCGUCGGAGGCACCACCACGCCUGCUCAGGACCUCAGCUUCUUCAUGCGCCACAGCCCGAACCUCCUCAUCUCGUCCCCCGGACGACUCGUCGAACUGCUCGCAUCGCCCCAUGUCCACUGCCCGCAAUCCUCGUUCGAGAUGCUCGUCUUGGACGAAGCCGACAGGCUGCUGGACUUGGGUUUUAAGCAGGACCUGCAGGGCAUCAUCUCGCACCUACCGAAGCAGAGAAGGACGGGGCUGUUCAGCGCGAGUGUCAGCGAGGCGGUCAGCGAAAUCAUCCGUGUGGGACUCCGGAACCCGGUCAAGAUCGAGGUUCGGGUCAAGAUGAAAGACGGUGGCGUGCUGGAGGACAGGAAGACUCCCGCCAGUCUACAGAUGGCGUACAUGGUGAAGCCAGCCAGCCAAAAACUGCCUGCGUUAUCACAGCUGAUGGAGCGGUUACCAAUCAGGCCGCAGAGGAGCAUCGUGUUCCUGUCAACAUGCGCCGCCGUCGACUACUUCCAACACGUUCUGCCCCUGGUUCUUCCCGAUGGCUUCGCCCUCGUUCCCUUACACGGCAAGCACCCCGCAAAAGUACGGGAAAGGAAUUUCAACAAAUUCCUGACUUCUGUGUCCCCUACGAUACUCUUGACAACAGACCUUGCGGCCCGUGGCCUGGAUAUUCCCCAGGUGGACCUAGUUGUUCAGGUCGACGCGCCCUCAGACCCCAAGGUCUUUAUUCACCGAAGCGGACGAGCGGGACGCGCAGGCCGAAAGGGGCUGGCAGUCGUGAUGCUGCAUCCGGGGCGAGAGGAAGACUACGUCAGGUUUCUCGAAGUGCGCAAGACUCCCAUCAUCCCGCUAGCAAGACCCGAAAUCUCUGUGUCGGACGAGGAAGUCCGCUCAGCGACGCAAAAGUUCCGGAAACUCGUCAAGACGGAUAGGGCGCUCUACGACAAGGCACAAAAAGCCUUUGUCAGUUGGGUGCGGAGCUACGGCGCCCACCAGGCAACGUCGAUAUUCCGGGCGAGCGAUCUCGACUGGGCCGACCUGGCCGAGGCAUGGGGUCUCCUCCGCAUGCCCCGGAUGCCCGAGCUCAAGACCUGGGAGGGCGACAAGAUGCUGGGCGAGAAGAUUGACUGGGAUACGUUUGCAUACAAGGAGAAGGCGCGGGAGCAGGCGAGGCUGGAAGCCCUCGAGGCAGAGAGGACGGGCGCGGCGGACAACAAGCGGGAGGACAUGAAGCGCAAGCGCAAGAAGAACGAGGCGUGGAGCGGCAAGCUGGAGAAGGAGGACGUGCGCGUGGAGAGGCGCGAGAAGCGGCGCAAGAAGAGAGAGGCCGAGCGGUCUGCCAACAUGACGGAGGACGAAAAGGUGAAGCAGAUGGAGCUGGAAGCGCUGAUCGCGCAGGUGCGAAGGCAGAAUCAGGAAAAGGAACAGGAAAAGGAAAAGGCCGCGUCAAAGGAUGACGAGUUCGAGGGCUUCGACGACUGA